CCGUAGGGUUAGUGCCUGCCCUAUACACGUAUUUGGGCGGCAAUAGCCAGUGCCCACCUAUGCACUACUGCGCAAUGUAUGCAGCAGCGUUGAUGCACAACCGCCGUACACUUGACUCUACUGAAAGACGUUACACAGUUCAGUAGAGUCGGUGUACGACGGUUAUGCAUCAACGCUGCUAUGUAAUCCUAUAAACAUGCGCGCUGAUAUACGCUUCGCUGGUAUGGCAUGCGGUUGUAUGCGAGUGAGCGCAGUGCACUGCGUGACCACUGGGCACACUGCUCUCUCUCGGUCCACUGUCUUGCAAGAAUCUCUGCGCAUUUAAUAAUUGUAAACAUCAUAUUAUGCACAGCAUAUACGUUGCACACAGAGAGCACCUCAGCUGGCUGACCGAAUGGAUUUUGAUCUGGUGCAGUCAGUCAUCCGUGGAAUGCUCUGGAUUUUGAUGCAAGCAUGUAUACUGAUGGUACUGCAGUUUCGGUCAGCUGAUAACAAAAUACUUUCCAACAGAGUAAUUGUCCAUGCAAAAAACAAAUUGCAGAGUUCUCACGGCGCGUUAUCUUAAUGUCAUUCCAUCAGCCAGUGGAGAGUCAUACACAGAUAACGGGCAGCGCUGUCUUCAUUGGGCUAUGGUAAGUGCAAUUUAUCGCUCUUCACAAGGCAGCGCUUUAAUUUCAUGUUUGUUGUCCUGAAGUCCAAAUCGGAGAUUCUCUUUUUCCUUCAACAAUUUUACAAAUGCCUAUCGUAUUGGCGCUGCGUUAUUGAUUUUAUUUCCAACAAUAAUAAAAUGUCGCGCUUAAUUGUUUUGGUGAUUACGGUACAUACAGGUUGUCUGGCUUUCUUGGCCGGCAGUUAUGGCCGUCAGUCGCUGCAGUCCGAUUCCUCUGCUGCACCUUGCCCGCAUUUUUGCACCUGCUAUCCUACCUUCUGGAAAUGCGGCGACAGUAAAGCAUCACUGUGGCCGUUAGACAAUCAUCCAGAUGCAAUGAUCAGAGGCGUUCGCAUGCUCGAUUUAUCAGGAUCAGAUGUGGACGUCCUGCCUAAUCAGAGCCCAACCCAUAAUUUUCCCGACCUUCAGCUCAUCAUCCUGUCGCAGACGAUUUUCGACGGCCAGCAAUGCCGCGAACUGGAAUGCCUGGAGAAUUUGGGUAUCCGAGUCAUUGCUCCUCGUUGCCCUGCAGACAAACGCACCGGAUGUGCGUAUCCGCCAUGCUGCCCAUGGGCUGCAGCAGCACGGACUCGUCCACUUCCACCACCAUCACCUACUGCCGACAAGUCUCAGUCUCCACUGCUACCAUUCAUCAACGGAGAAACCUCGACCAUUUUCAACCCUUCGCGGGAUCGGGAAUACAGCACACGGGCUAUGGCACCAUCAACAGCCGCGACCGAUAAUCUGAGCGGUAAGAGUGAUGAUGGGGAGCGUAUUGUUAUUGGUGUGGACAACACAACUCAUUCUACUGCUGCAAUUUUUCCCGUUACGCUGUUAUCGCUGCCAGCCGUUUUAACAACGUAUGCGAGUUCGAGAAAGCCGCCUAGUCAUGCGACUGCAAGUACGGGUACAUUACUUCCGCUGACUACAUCUAGUGAUUAUUACCUGCGUAAAGUAGUGGUGGUGGGCGGAUUAAGUACUGCCGGCAAAACUGCUACACAGCUACCGCCGACUACGAUAAAGACAACAUUGACGCCGUCCGCUGUUGUAACACCCACACGCGCGCCCGCCCAGCUAGAAUUUAAUUUGAUGUCGAUAUUAACCACAACCUCUUUUAUCACUGAUAAAGUGUUCGCAACGUCAUUCCCUGUCGAAUUGGUCAUGCAUCGUGAGAGUUAUUACAAGAAUAGGGAUCAGAGUAGCGAUAAUGUAGCUGUGUCAAAAAAGCCCGAUAUGAUGAUGACACCUUCCCCUUCAUCUCAGUCGUCGUUAGUUACCGAUAUGACGGCGCCAGAAGCGGAUAUCAGCAGUGAAAGAACGAGCACGGCGGACACCAUUCGUAUCACGACUGCUACCAACUCCACGAUCAGGUCAACCGCUGCUGUAACGAUGCCGGCCGAAGCAACCUUGGCAAGUAUAACUCCACCCACGGUUACAGACGCUGCUGACCCUUCCACCUGCGUCCCGAAUAUUUCUACUUCCCCACAGCCAAUUCUCGCAACACACCCACUUAUCAACACAACAGCUGAUAUGGGUAUAUUGCCACCGCUGCUGCUGGCUUCGCAUCCGGGCGAAAACACUAGUGCGGCUGUAUCCAAAAGCAACGACGCAGAAUUAUUUGUAUUAAAUAGCAGUAGUAAUGCGGAUGUCGGUCAGUCGGAACGUUUUGAAUUGUCAUCGUUAUCUGCUGGCAAGGAUAGUGAUGAUGAUGAUGAUGACGAACCUCUGACGACUAUUGUUGGAUCCGUGUUGUCCCCAACGACGACACCAGCCACGCUGGCGCUACCGGAUGCUACAGUUCGCAUUGUUCCCUGUGCCAACAUAUCAUGCCCUCCGUGUUUGCUUGUAGGUAGUCGUGACGGUAGUGCUGAAGUUCGUAUGGGAUUGCUGGCAGAUCGGUUUACUGCAGCUAGUAUUGCGGUAGCAAGUGUCAUUCUGCUUCUGCUAGUCAUCUUGUGUAUCUUGUGGAAGCGUGGUUAUCGUGUUAUUCGCGGCGGCGGCGGAGGCGUCGGCAAUAAUCAGCAAGAUGACGGUGGCGAUGAGGACCAUGAACGCAGUCGCGGUCGCCGCAGUGCUUCGGUGUGGUCUUGGAUGAGAGGAGUCUUUAAUAACAACAGGGACAACAGCAGCAGUGGCGGCGGCACUAACGAUGAUGUCAAUCGUCCGGGCAUGGGACUGGGCAGACAAGUUCAAGGUGGGCACGAUGGGCGUUGGGGUGGUGGUCGUGGCGGAGUAUCAACGAAUCCUAUCUUCAAUCCCGGCCGUCAGCAGCACCAUGGCUUCUCUCCAGUAGCCAACCUGAAUUCCAGGACACCGACUCGCCACAUGCCGUCCCCACGCCCUGCCGGAAAUAAUCCCGUGCUUGAUGAUAGAGUGAUGAACUUUGACGACGAUAACGAUCACGACCACGACCACGACAACAACGAUAACAACUGCCGUGACCGCCAGCAGCAAGUUGCGGGAAAUAAUGCGCGAUUUCCGGCAGAGUACCGUGCGGACGACAGGGAAUCUCCCGUGUACAAUUCCCCACGCUCUAAUGUGUCACGAGUUAUUGUUUCUGCGGAAGUGCACGGACGCAAUAACGCCGAUCAAGAGCAGGACGAACAGGGCGAACACAUGUACGAAAAUGUUUUACUACCGGCUCUACCACUGCCACCAUCUUCUCCUAAUCGCUCUGUGAGUAUUGGCAGCGCAGACGAACUUAUGAGCGGAAACUCGUCCGCUCCUCCACCAUUUUCUCCACGGCACAAUGUCAGAAGCAGCAGCAUGAGCGCGCUGGAGGAAGUUCUGGAAAGGGAGGAAGAAGAAGAUGAUGAUGAUGACCAGCACCGAGUAGUGGUCCAUAAUGAAGAGCACGGGAACAAUUCGGUUCUGGAGCGGGAGAGUAGCGAACAUGAAGGCGACGGGAGCGGUGGACAGGAAAUAGAUGUGCAACUUCCUGAAGCAAUGGUGGCAAGCGGGCACCUGGGAGUACUGCGUGGUCGCGGUCGCGGUCGUCCUCCUGGCGGUGGCGGUCGUGGCCGUGGUUUUCGCGGUGGAUUUCAGGCGAAUGCGGUUUGGAAUCGACGCGACGGAAGUGGGUACCGUUUGGAACGUCGCUGAAGUUUAGAUGUACAUAUUUGUUUUGAAAAGGCUUUUUGUAUAUAGUUUAUCGCCAAUUUUGCUCAUCAAUUUCCUUUCUUUCGUCCUAAAUGCAUAAAAUGUACAUAGAUUAUUUACGUUAAAAAUGUAAUGGUUACCAAUUUCGUUUUUCUAUAAGCGUUACAGCUACUAACGAUUUGCUGUUCUGACAAACUAAUUUGACUUUUGUUAUUAUACAACUUGCAUUUGACGUGCAUCGGCAAUUUGGAAUUUUGUUGAA